AGAAAGGGUUUUGCAAUUGCUGCUGCUGCCCAAACUGGGCUCGGAAUUAGUUUAAUACUUCGCUGAUAGUUCAUAACUUUUAUCGCCCCAGAUCUGUUGGCAUUACUGAAAAGCCGACGAAUCGUCGCCGUGGAUAUGGCGAUUAGGGUUUUCCUGCUGCUACUCGUCUUCCUAUCUUUGUGCUUCGUUAGUUUUUCUUUAUACGAUGACCAAGUCGGCGUCAUGGAUUGGCAUCAGCAGUACAUAGGGAAAGUUAAGCACGCAGUUUUUCAUACCCAGAAGGCGGCGAGGAAGCGUGUUGUUGUGUCCACAGAUGAGAAUGUCGUAGCGUCGCUUGAUCUUCGUCACGGGGAGAUUUUUUGGAGGCAUGUUCUGGGGCCCAAUGAUGUCAUCGACCAAAUUGAUAUUGCACUUGGAAAAUAUCUUAUUACUUUGUCAUCUGGUGGCAGUAUUUUGCGAGCUUGGAAUCUUCCUGAUGGUCAAAUGGUGUGGGAGUCAACACUUACUGGCCCAAAACCCUCAAAGUCAUUAUUACUGAUUCCGACCAAUUUGACGGUUGACAAGGACAAAGUAAUCUUUGUUUAUGGUAAUGGUGUUAUACAUGCUGUUGCAAGCAUAGACGGUGAUGUCAUCUGGAAAAAGGAAUUAGCAUCUGAAGGCACUGAUAUCCAGCAGCUAAUCAAUCCAGAUGGAAGUGAUGCAUUAUAUGCUAUAGGUGUACGGGAUCUCUCUCAGUUUGAUGUCUAUCAACUUGAUGUCAAGAGUGGAGACCUAUUAAAGCAUAAAAAAAUGGUGUUUCCUGGUGGUUUUUCGGGAGAUUUAUCAAUAGUGGAAAAUGACAUGGCUGUAGCAAUGGAUUCUACUGGAACAGUUUUGGUUACUAUUAAAUUUGUAGAUGGACAUAUUAGCUUUCAUCAGAUUCAUGUUUCUCAACUUGCCCAGGAGCUUUCAGAAACAGCAGCAGUUAUAUUACCCUCAAAAAUAUCUGGACUAGUUACCUUGGAAGUAGAUAAUACUGUUCUAUUUAUUAAGGUUACAAGUGAUGGCAUGCCGAAGGUUGUGGACAAGUUUAGUCAUGCAAAUGCUGCUAGUGAUUCUCUUCCUCUGCCAGAUGGUCAACAUGCUUUUGCCCUAGUUCAGCAUGGUGAUGGCAACAUUUUUCUGACUGUAAAGCUUGGUAAUGACUGGACGUCCAACUUAAUUGAGGAAAACUUUAAGCUUGAUCGUCAGAGAGGAGUUGUGCAUAAAGUUUUCAUCAAUAGCUAUGUUCGUACAGACAGGACAAACGGGUUCAGAGUUUUGAUUGUCAUGGAAGAUCAUUCAUUAUUAUUGUUGCAACAGGGUGAGAUUGUUUGGAGCAGGGAGGAUGGACUAGCUUCAAUUAUGGAUGUGACAGCAUCAGAGCUACCCCUUGAAAAGGAUGGUGUGUCUGUUGCAAAAGUAGAGCACAGCCUUUUUGAAUGGCUUAAGGGUCAUAUGCUGAAACUCAAAGGAACUUUAAUGAUAGCAACGCCUGAUGAUGUGGCAGCCAUAGUGAAAAUGAGGUUGCAAAGCUCUGAGAAAACAAAGAUGACCCGAGACCGCAAUGGAUUCAGAAAGCUUCUCGUAGUACUUACUCGGGCUGGAAAACUUUUUGCGCUGCACACUGGGGAUGGAAGGAUAGUCUGGUCUCGUUUACUGACCUCUCUUCGCAAAUCAGACACAUGUGCCAAUCCUAGAGGGAUUAGUUUACAUCAGUGGCAGAAUCCGCAUCAUCAUGCAUUGGAUGAGAACCCAUCUGUCCUGGUUGUUGGAAGAUGUGGUGACAACAUUGGCUCUCCUGGAGUUUUCAGUAUUGUUGACACAUACACUGGGGAGGAGCGUAGUCAUAUGAAACCUUCUCACUCCAUUACACAUGUGAUUACAUUGCCUUUUACUGAUUCCAUGGAACAGCGCUUACAUCUACUAUUUGACGCAAGUGGGCAUGCUCACUUAUAUCCUAGAACUUCUGAGGCACUCGGCAUCUUUCAGCGAGAUUUAGGGAAUAUAUAUUGGCAUUCAGCUGAUACAGAUAAAGGCCUUCUAAGGGGUGGUGAAUUGCACAAGAAUUGUGAUCUUGAGGUGGCAGAUGACUUUUGUUUUGACACAAGGGGUCUGUGGUCAAUUGUGUUUCCUGAUUCGGAAAAGAUUGCUGCAACUGCAACAAGAAGUUUAAAUGAGGUAGUCCAUACCCAAGCUAAGAUAACUGGAGAUCAGGAAGUCUUGUACAAAUAUAUAUCAAAGAAUCUGCUAUUUUUAGCCACUGUUACACCCAAGGCUGUUGAUGCAAUUGGUUAUGUCACACCUGAGGAGUCAUCUCUGGUUGUUUAUGUGAUUGAUACUGUGACAGGCCGAAUAUUACACCGUAUGAUCCAUCAUGGUUCACAGGGUCCUGUACAUGCUGUUUUCAUUGAGAACUGGGUUGUCUACCACUACUUCAAUCUACGGGCGCAUCGAUAUGAGAUGUCUGUAAUUGAAAUCUACGACCAAGCUCGUGCGGACAACAAGGAUGUGUUGAAGCUUGUUCUUGGGACGCAUAAUCUAACGUCUCCUAUAACAUCUUACUCGCGCCCUGAAGUGUUCACAAAAUCACAAUCUUACUUCUUCUCACACUCUGUGAAAACAAUGGCAGUUACAUUGACAGCAAAAGGCAUAACAUCAAAGCAGAUUCUCCUUGGUACCAUUGGCGAUCAGGUUUUGGCUCUUGAUAAGCGAUUUUUGGAUCCCCGAAGAACAGUCAAUCCUACUCAAUCUGAAAAAGAAGAAGGAAUAAUACCUCUUACCGAUUCAUUGCCAAUUAUCUCCCAGUCAUACAUAACACAUUCUCUUAAGGUGGAAGGCCUCCGAGGCAUUGCAACAGUUCCUGCUAAACUUGAAUCCACCACACUUGCUUUUGCAUAUGGGGUUGAUCUCUUCUUCACUCGGCUUGCCCCUUCCCGGACAUACGAUUCUCUCACUGAAGAUUUCAGCUAUGCCCUUCUCCUGAUCACAAUCGUUGCCCUUGUCGCUGCCAUAGUCGUAACAUGGAUUUGGUCCGAGAAGAAAGAUCUCCAGGACAAGUGGCGGUGAGUCGAAAACGGUUUGUCUGUGACAUUUGGCGACCACAGAACAAAUGAUAGACAGAGUCAGUCGCAUUGAUUUAACCCUUAAUGGAGAAGUGGGUGCAAAACCAGCACUGCACUCAGGGAUGUUGUAAAAUUUAGAACUUUUCUAUGUUGGCGCUAGCUAGCAAGUAGGCUAUGUUCUUCUUGGCUUCUUUUAUUUCGUUACAUUCGAGAUACACGAUGAGAAAUUGUUUGCCAUUUCCACUGC